AUUUUAAAUCUAUCAUGAGCUUAGCAAUUUAUUAUACUUGAACAAAAUACUGUGUUGUAUAAGUGACGAAGUAAAACGACUGUUUUGUUUUGUUAAAUAGUUUCAGACGAUACAAUGGAUUCAAGAUUAAAACUGGUUGUCGGUGCAACAUUUCUGUCCAUCUUUAUUAUCUAUCUAUACAUGUACUUUACAUUCGAAAUUGAGCAGAAUGUGGAGCCAGCUGUUAGAAGUUGUUCAAGUAAUCUUCCUGUGUUUUUAGAUGUAAAACAUUCAGCAGAAAAAGAUUCAAAAGAAAAGCUGAUAGCACUAGCCAAAGCAAUUCACAGUGCAAAGAAACAUGUUCGUGGGUCAAAAACCUCCGAUUUUCUCAAGAAAGCUAUUUCUAUUGUGAACAAUAUGCUUGGGGAUAUCAAUGUGAAUCCGAGAGAAGUGUAUGAAAGACGCAGUGUAAGAUCGGAACAUAUAUGUGGAGAAGUAUACAUGGGCGGUGCAUACGGGUAUCCACAGUAUUAUACAGGCUUUGUCACAGACAAAUGUUCUUAUGGUGUACCUGUAUCUCAACUUGUUACUGUUAUAAAAUAUAUAGCAAAACCAACUGGUAAAACAAGUUUACAAGUAACGCUUGAUAGAUUUAUUUUUUCAAUCAAAAGUGAAAUGAAUAAUUCAAGAAUACGAAUUGCUAUAAAUAUCAGUUCUGAAACGUUUUCGAGUGAGUUAAAAAGAAAAUAUCCAGGAGUUAAAUUGAUUUUCUCUAAUUUCGAGUCUGAGGGGUCUGCACUUAACAGUUUGAUAAAAGAUGUACAAACUCCAUAUGUCUUAGUUACAAGAAAAAUGAAUAAACUCACAAACGAUUCAAUGUUAGAAAGACUAGUUAGAGAAAUAGAAAGCAUAAAUGUAACAGCGGUGGGUGGUGCGUUACGUGAAUCAAAUGGUCAUUGGAGAAAAGGCUGUUUCCAGUCGGUGCAUAGAAAUUACACUUUGAAGUAUAUGGAGGGUUAUGAUGAGUCAUAUCAUGAAUGUUUGUUUUGUGAUUAUAUUCAAGGUCCAUUUAUAACGACUGCUAAAUACUUGAAGGAAAACAGUUUUAAACAUAUUGACGAGAAUAACGGUCUAUACGAAGAUUGGUUUCUAAGAAUAACCCAGUCAGGCCGGGAAUCAAUUGUAUGUCCAGAUUCUAUGUUCCAUGUUGAUAACCUGACUACUGUAUCUGGUUCGAACUGGAAAGCAUUUUCUGAAUAUUGGAAUGUUUAUCAUGCCUUUUUGCCAAUGGGGAAUGAAAUGAAAAUCAACUGUGAAGAAGUAAAAAUAUCAAGUAGCCCUUCGAAGGCUUUAUCACCGUGUGCCAUGAAGGUAUACAGUGAUGGUAUUAAAUUAAUUAUGCGAAAAUGUGAGGAAACUGGCACCAUAUGUGAGUUGCAGGAAGGUACCGGGUUAGGGGCUGUCAAGUUAGGAAAAAAUCUCCCUUGGGACAUAGACUAUGAUUUGCGAUUUUCAGUAACAAACUGUUCAAAAUGUAAACUGUUUUAUGAAGCACUAAAAAAAGCUGGUUUAAAAGUGAAUGACUUUGCUCCGAAGUGCUGUAAUCAAAAAUAUAAGUUAGGUGAGAAAGCCCUCUUUAGCAUUUUUUACAAAGGUAAAAGAGGCGAUUUCACUGGCCAUCCCGUAAUGGACAGUGACAUGCUUGUUAGAAACGGUUUAGUCCCUACCAAAGUUUUGUUUGACGGUCAAUGGUUAAACGUCGCAAGAAACCCAGGGCUGUUCAUGAGGAAUAGAUAUGGCAAAGAAAUGUAUAGACACGCGGAACAUUGGAGAUAUACGGGUGAGAAAAGCCAAAGACCUAACUACACAACAAACGUGUUUAUAACAUGUAAACAACCAGGAGCCCACGAUUGUUUGGACAGAUACAACGCAGACGGAGAUUUCCCGUUUAAUGUGAUGUUACCAUAAUAUUUUUUUUCCAUAUAUAAUGAUACCAAAUAUAAGCAUGCAGUUUUUAUGGUUAAAGCGGUAUACCUGUAUAUGUGAUACGAUAUUUCAAGAAAUUCAAACUCAAGAUAACUUUACAAGAGUUAAAGAAAAAUAAAAAGAUUCAAGAUUCAAGUAAUGAUUUGCAUGUUGUAGUACUGAUAUUAGUAAUACCCACAGUCUAAUAUGCAAGAAAAAAUACAACUUACGUUGUUAUUUGCGUUUUGCUACUUUCGUGACAAAUUACUUUUAAUUCAUGGCUUUCAGCGUAUGUUAAGCAUGUAACAUGUUAAGUGCUCUAAAUUCCUUCAGAUGAAAUAAAGGUUUGCCAUUUCUACAAAGAAGAUAUUGUAUUCAUACCUGAUGUGUAAAGUGUCUUUAAGCCAAUUGUUAAUGAUUUCACUCCUACUGUAUACAGACAGACAAG